UCGGCUACCAAACGGCUAAACUUCCUGCUGGGUCAACAGUCUCCCUCGGCGAUAAUAAAUCCUUGCUCGCUUCGAUUCCUCUGGCUUUAUCGUUACCCCCCAAAACCCCACAGAACCCAAGAAAGAGAAGGAACAUCAUCUUUACUCCCCGCACGAGUCCCCAUGAACGGCGUGGCGCAAGACCCAGCUCCGCCCGGCGGCGGCGCCCGAGGGUGCAGGGCGGAGGUCGACACCUCGGCGCCCUUCAAGUCGGUGCGCGAAGCCGUCGACCGCUUCGGCGGCAGCGCCGCCUGGACCUCCCACCUCAUCAAGCGCAUGUACGCGCCCCCAAAGAGGCAGGAGGGAACUGAAGAACUGACCGAUCUAGAGGAGCAGACCGCCCAGCUAGAGAAGGAGCUAAGCAUCAAAGAAAGAGAGACGCUUGACGUGCUGAAAGAAUUGGAGUCAACCAAGGAGGUCAUUUCAGAUUUAAAGCUCAAGCUACAGAAUGACGCAGCUGGUUCAUUUACCGUCACUGAGGAGACGGGCCAAGCUGAAGCGCCCGUUGCAGAGCAUGAAGAAAAGCAGCCAGAAAAUUCUGAAACUGAUGUGGAUAUGGGUGGCCUGGAUGAACAGAUGCUGCAGAUUCCUGGUUCUUCAGUGCUACAAGGGCUAGAGCAGGCAAAAACUAAUUUAAACAGGACCACGAGUGAUCUUGCUGCUAUAAGAGCCUCUGUCAAGUCGCUGAGAAAUGACAUAGCAAAAGAGAGAGUCCUGGUGGAGAGAAGCCGAGAGAAGGUGUGCUCCAAUACCACAUUGAUUUCCUCACUGGAAAGUGAGCUGUACGGGACUACACAGAAGCUGCAGACGCUGAGGGAUCUGCAGAGGAGGCGUCAAGAUCCCUCGGACAUUUUCAUCGAGAUCAAGAAGAUGACAUCUGAGCUAGAACAGCUCAGGAACGCUGCCAGUGCAUCGAAAUCGGAAGGUGUUAUGUUGGCUGCUGAAAUUGAGCAGACAAGAGCUAGCAUUGGCACUGCUGAGGUAAGGUGCCUUGCAGCCAAGAAGAUAGAAGAGGCGGCGAGAGCAGCAGAAGCUCUUGCACUUGCUGAGGUCAGGAUCCUCCUAAGCAAUGAAGCUUCAUCAGCUGAGGAUCUCCAGGGAAAAGAUGGUGUGAACCUUUCAGUGGAAGGGUAUUCUGAGCUUGCUGCCAAAGCUCAAGAGGCUGAGGAAACCUCAAGAAAAAAAGUUGAAGCUGCGAUGGUGCAGGUGGAUGAAGCAAACCAAUCAGAAUCCAACUCGCUUAGGAAGCUGGACGAAGCUAAAUUACAAGUCGAGGAAUGUAAGAAGGCCCUACAGGAGGCCCUGAAGAGGGUGGAUGCUGCCAACCGAGGGAAGCUCACAGUAGAAGAGGCUCUUCAUAGAUGUCGAUCCGCAACUGGACACAAGAGGCGUUCGGUCCAUGACCCUCCCAAGUUCAAAAAUGCAGCACACCGUUGCAAAGAUUCUCAUAAUAUGGACAUCGUUGACGUUUCAAAGGGUUCCUUGAAGCCAACAUUAUCGAUCGGGCAGAUAUUAAGUAUGAAGCUGAUGGGACCUGAUGGGUAUGACAAAAGCGUUUGGGAUGAUACAAGUGAAACUUCUAAUGUCUCACUUGGUCAGAUUCUGAACAGAAGGCUUGCAGUUGUGUAUAGCAGUGAUGCAACUGCUCAGAAGAAAUUCUCAGGAAAGAGGAAAAAAUUUGCCUUGACUGGACUCUCAGUUUUCUUGGCAAAACAAGCCAAGAGCAAGAAGAAAAAAGGAUCACAUUAGAACUGAAGUCAACUUGGUCGGGAAAUUCUUGUAAUCUAGUAAUGAAUAGCAGUAGCUAGUUGUUAAAAUGACCUUAGUUCAUGUUCUAGUAAUCUAUUGUUUUUAGUCUGUUUCUAGAUGCCUAGACCACUGAUAGCUCGGUGGCUCCAUGUAAUCCGUAGCAGGUUCGCUGCUGAUAACUGAUAUUGCUGAUUAGGGUAUAGCUAAAUGCCCUAGUCUAUAUCAUGUACUGUACAAACAUGGAAUGCAUCAAUAUGAUUAGUAGUUCAGAUCA